GGAUGGUCAUUCAACAACAGUCGUCCGACCAAAACACAAGUGUGAUAAACUCAAAGUUUAAGUUUCAAAUUAAAAAGAAAAAUAUUUCAAAAUGUUCCGCAUUAUCGCUGUGAUUUUUGCCCUUUUCGCGAUGGCUUUUGCUGCUCCUGGCUACAUUGAGCCCUCUUAUGGAGUCGUUCCUGUGGCUCAUGUGGUUCCCGUGGUGAAGCAUAUUCCGGUGGUGAAGCAGGUUCCGGUGGUAAAGCAUGUCCCAGUGGUUCAGCAUGUUCCUGUCGUGAAGCAUGUCCCAGUGGUUCAGCAUGUCCCCGUUCUUAAGUCCUACGCUGUUCCCACCUACGGACACCACAUCUACCACGGUUAGAUCUUCGAAAAAUCAUUACAAAUAUAGACUCGGCAAAAAUAAACUAAAU